AGCCCGCCCGGAGCGCCUUCGCAGUGGCCGCCUGCUCCGCCGCUCGCCGCCCGCGGGUUCCAUUGAGAAAAGCCGAGCGGCGGCGGCGGCGAGUGCGCGGGAGCGGAGGAGCCGGCACCCGCCCGCCGGGCAGUCCGCGCGCCCGCAGCGCAGGACCGUGGCCUCUCGGGCCUCCGCGGCAGCUCCAGCGGCUCCGGGGCUGGGCGCGCGGGCUGGGGGCGCGGGCCGGGGCGGCCGCGGAGACCGGGGGCCGGGGGCAUGAGCGGCCCCGCGGCCCCGCCGCGCCCCCGCCUCCCGCCGCCGCCCGCCCGGGGCUAGAGGCGGCCGCCGGGAGGGCGCGCGGCGCCGGAGACAUGUCCAGGAGGAAACAGAGCAACCCCCGGCAGAUCAAGCGUUCCCUCGGAGACAUGGAGGCCGGAGAGGAGGUGCAGUUGGUGGGCGCCAGCCACAUGGAGCAAAAGGCCACGGCGCCUGAAGCCCCAAGCCCUCCCAGCGCAGAUAUUAACUCACCCCCACCGCUGCUGCCCCCCACAUCCCCAGGAGGCCCCAAGGAGCUGGAAGGACAGGAACCAGAACCCAGGCCCACGGAGGAAGAGCCGGGCAGUCCCUGGAGCGGGCCAGACGAGCUGGAGCCGGUGGUGCAGGAUGGGCAGAGGCGCAUACGGGCCCGACUCAGCCUCGCCACGGGCCUGUCCUGGGGCCCGUUCCACGGGAGUGUCCAGACCAGAGCCUCAUCCCCCAGGCAGGCGGAGCCGAGCCCAGCCCUGACCCUGCUGCUGGUGGACGAGGCCUGCUGGCUGAGGACGCUGCCCCAGGCCCUGACUGAGGCCGAGGCCAACACAGAGAUCCACAGGAAGGAUGACACACUCUGGUGCAGAGUCACCAAGCCGGUGCCCGCGGGGGGACUCCUGAGCGUGCUCCUCACGGCCGAGCCCCACAGCACCCCCGGCCACCCUGUGAAGAGGGAGCCAGCAGAGCCCACGUGCCCGGCCCCUGCACACGACCUCCAGCUCCUGCCCCAGCAGGCCGGGAUGGCCUCCAUCCUUGCCACCGCGGUGAUCAACAAAGACGUCUUCCCCUGCAAGGACUGUGGCAUCUGGUACCGCAGCGAGCGCAACCUGCAGGCGCACCUGCUCUACUACUGCGCCAGCCGCCAGGGCACCGGCUCCCCAGCCGCGGCCGCCACAGACGAGAAGCCCAAAGAGACCUACCCCAAUGAGCGCAUCUGCCCCUUCCCCCAGUGCCGCAAGAGCUGCCCCAGCGCCAGCUCCUUGGAGAUCCACAUGCGCAGCCACAGCGGAGAGAGGCCCUUCGUGUGCCUGAUCUGCCUGUCGGCCUUCACCACCAAGGCCAACUGCGAGCGGCACCUCAAGGUGCACACGGACACGCUGAGCGGUGUCUGCCACAGCUGUGGCUUCAUCUCCACCACAAGGGACAUCCUCUACAGCCACCUGGUCACCAACCACAUGGUCUGCCAGCCUGGCUCCAAGGGUGAGAUCUACUCGCCAGGGCACCCAGCAACCAAGCUGCCCCCAGACAGUCUGGGCAGCUUCCAGCAACAGCACACGGCCCUGCAAGGCCCCCUGGCCUCCGCGGACCUGGGCCUGGCGCCCACCCCAUCGCCAGGACUGGACAGAAAGGCCCUGGCCGAGGCCACCAACGGAGAGGCCAGAGUGGCCCCCCAGAAUGGAGGCAGCAGCGAGCCCCCGGCGGCCCCCAGGAGCAUCAAGGUGGAGGUGGUGGAGGAGCCGGAGGCGGCCCCCAUGCCGGGCCCCGGAGAGCGUGGGCCCCAGGCCCCGUCGCGGACGCCGUCGCCGCGCAGCCCCGCCCCGGCCAGGGUAAAGGCCGAGCUGUCCAGCCCCACACCGGGCUCCAGCCCGGUGCCCGGCGAGCUGGGCCUGGCCGGGGCCCUGUUCCUGCCGCAGUACGUGUUCGGGCCCGACGCGGCGCCCCCCGCCUCGGAGAUCCUGGCCAAGAUGUCCGAACUGGUGCACAGCCGGCUACAGCAGGGCGCGGGCGCGGGAGCCGGCGGCGCACAGACCGGGCUCUUCCCGGGGGCCCCCAAGGGCGCUACGUGCUUCGAGUGCGAGAUCACCUUCAGCAACGUCAACAACUACUACGUGCACAAGCGCCUCUACUGUUCAGGCCGCCGGGCGCCCGAGGACGCGCCCGCCGCGCGCAGGCCCAAGGCACCCCCCGGCCCGGCCCGCGCGCCCCCCGGCCCGCCCGCCGAGCCCGACGCGCCGCGCUCGUCCCCGGGCCCCGGAUCGCGCGAGGACGGGGCUGGGGGCGCGGCCACGCCCGAGGACGGCGCGGGCGGCCGGGGCAGCGAGGGCAGCCAGAGCCCGGGUAGCUCCGUGGACGACGCGGAGGACGACCCCAGCCGCACGCUGUGCGAGGCCUGCAACAUCCGCUUCAGCCGCCACGAGACCUACACCGUGCACAAGCGAUACUACUGCGCCUCGCGCCACGACCCGCCACCGCGCCGACCGGCCGCGCCCCCGGGACCCCCUGGGCCGGCUGCGCCCCCGGCCCCUACUCCCGCCGCGCCCGUGCGCACGCGCAGACGCCGCAAGCUCUACGAGCUGCACGCGGCCGGCGCCCCGCCGCCCCCGCCGCCCGGCCACGCCCCCGCGCCCGAGUCGCCGCGGCCCGGAAGCGGAAGCGGCCCCGGCCCCGCCCCUGCGCGCUCGCCCGGCCCCGCGGCCGACGGCCCCAUCGACCUGAGCAAGAAGCCGCGACGCCCGCUCCCCGGAGCCCCGGCACCCGCGCUGGCCGACUACCACGAGUGCACGGCCUGCCGCGUGAGCUUCCACAGCCUCGAGGCCUACCUGGCGCACAAGAAGUACUCGUGCCCCGCUGCGCCACCGCCCGGCGCGCUCGGCCUGCCUGCCGCGGCUUGCCCCUACUGCCCCCCGAACGGCCCGGUGCGCGGGGACCUGCUGGAGCAUUUCCGCCUGGCGCACGGCCUGCUGCUCGGCGCGCCCCUGGCCGGCCCGGGGGUCGAGGCCCGGACGCCGGCCGACCGCGGCCCCUCGCCCGCUCCCGCGCCCGCCGCCUCCCCGCAGCCCGGGUCCCGUGGCCCCCGGGACGGCCUCGGCCCGGAGCCCCAGGAGCCUCCGCCCGGCCCGCCCCCGUCCCCGGCCGCCGCGCCCGAGGCCGUGCCGCCCCCGCCGGCGCCCCCCUCCUACUCGGACAAGGGCGUCCAGACCCCCAGCAAGAGCACGCCGGCGCCCCUGCCCAACGGCAACCACCGGUACUGCCGUCUUUGCAACAUCAAGUUCAGCAGCCUGUCCACCUUCAUCGCCCACAAGAAGUAUUACUGCUCCUCUCACGCCGCCGAGCACGUGAAGUGAGCGCCCACACUACAGCCUCAGACGCUUUGCACGCUCCCCUGCGAUGCGGGGAGGGGGCCGCCCCCAGGCCGCACGGACUCUCGCUCCUGGGAACCCCGCCGCGCACAGGCCUCGGCGGAGGGGGCCGCAGGGGGCAGCGCCCGCCUGGACCCUUGGCACUUAAUAAAGAAGUUCAGUUUGA